CGCUUUUCCACUCCCCUGCACCCAUCCGCUCCCCUCUCUUCUUCUCCCUUCCGCCUCUGGCUUCCCUGCAUCCCUUCUCCUCCCGCCUCUCUGCUCUCCUCCUUUCCCCGGCUGCUGCAUUCCUGUCUGCUGGCUCCCUUUUUCAUCCUGUCAUUUCCCCCUCCCUGCUGCAUUCGUUGCUCCGGUUCCCAGUUCGAUAUUGGCCGUCCGCUCUCCCGCCGCCGCCUCCCCAGCAGCCGCCGCCACACUGCUGCAUUCGUCCACCGGCUCCCUCUUUCCUUCUGUCCUCCCCUCGCCCACCCCCCUCUCCCCUGAACGCGGCAUCCCUUCCCUCAGAUGUCUCUCUUCUUCUCCUCCUCUCACUUUUGGAUGAAGCAAACUUCUGGAUGGGGCCUUCGGCAGUAGAAACCUUGUACUUGGGGGUCGCGUAGUCACUGGCCAUUCAAGAGCGUGGCCAUCUCUUCCCCUGCUGAGGAAGAGAGGGGAGGGUGUCACCCUCACCCCCCACCCCUUGCAACAUUGGAACAAGAAAAAGGAGAAAGAAAAAGCAGGAAAGCGAUGCAGAGACAGUGGAAGAGCAAGGAACUUAAAGCCCCAGUGGGAAUUUAACAGCAAGGUCCUUGUGCUGUGUGUGGCCAGUGGCUCCCCCUGUCACCUAGGAUGAGUAACUGCAGCAGCCGGGCCCUGACCCUGCUGUCUAGUGUUUUCGGAGCGUGUGGACUGCUCCUGGUGGGCAUUGCCGUCAGCACUGACUACUGGCUGUUCAUGGAGGAAGGCAUUGUAUUUCCACAGAACCAGACCACCGAGAUUGUCAUGGCACUCCACGCUGGCCUCUGGAGAGUCUGCUUCUUUGCAGGUCAGAAAAAAGGAAGCUGUGUUGCUUCUGAAUACUUCCUAGAGCCUAGGCCUGACCCUGACCCUGAGGGCCCCCUUGUGACAGAGAACACAGAAAACAUCCUUAAGACCAUCCGCACAGCCACCCCCUUCCCAAUGGUCAGCCUCUUCCUUGUCUUCACUGCAUUUGUCAUUAGCAACAUCGGACAUAUCCGGCCCCAGAGGACCAUCCUGGCUUUCGUUUCCGGAAUCUUCUUCAUCCUCUCGGGGCUCUCUCUGGUGGUGGGCUUGGUCUUGUACAUUUCCAGCAUCAACGACGAAGUCAUGAACCGCCCCAGUGGCUCCGAGCAGUACUUCCAGUACCGCUACGGAUGGUCUUUCGCCUUUGCUGCUUCCUCCUUCUUGCUCAAAGAGGGCGCAGGCGUGAUGUCUGUCUACCUCUUCACCAAACGGUAUGCCGAGGAGGAAAUGUACCGCCCUCACCCCGCCUUCUACCGCCCGCGCCUGAGCGACUGUUCCGAUUAUUCAGGCCAAUUCUUGCACCCUGAGGUGUGGCAUCGUGGGCGCAGCCCCUCUGACAUCUCUAGCGACGUUUCCAUCCAGAUGACUCAGAACUACCCACCCGCCAUCAAGUAUCCUGAACAUAUGCACAUAUCCACCUCACCUUGCUAGACACGCCAGAGAAUGUGCUGGACAAGGUGGCCAGUCUUCGCUUGCAGACUAUACCGUCCUGCCCCCUCCCUGCCUAGGAGACUCCCUUCCCAAUAGGGGCUGUCUUCCCCUCUCUGAAGACUUUGACCACCUGCUCUGCUAGAAACGUCCUCUCUCUCUACAGCUGGUGGGAACCGUUCAACCAACUUCUGAGAUUGCCGGUGCCCCCUGUUCCCCUGCUUGGAAACUGUUCUGAUUUCCUUGCUUCCCCUGGGAAACUUAGCUCCCAGACUGAACCCCUCCCCUCUUUCAGAAACUCAGUCACAGGCCCUGCCCAUCCUCCAUAGAGCAGUGGAAAAAGCAGGGCUAAGAAACGUAUUUCCCAUUUCAGUUACGCUGCCUCAAAAUACCUCUUCUCUCACUCAGGUGGUUGGAAACCCUAGCAGGAAGUGGCUCAUUUAGCACGUCCCCAUCAACCUUCUCCCCAAGGAAGCUUUGAUGGGAAGUAGAUUCCAAAACUAUCUGCAUUGUUCAGAUCUUCAGGGGAAGAUGCCCAUUAGCCCUCCCACCCACCCCAGUCCAAUUCCUGUUAGGAGACGGCUCCUUGGCAUCCUCUCCCUCUGUCAAAAAAACCAAACAGUUUUGAUUAUUUGUUAUCAUUGAUUUUGUAAUGUUCUGCCGAUAAAUGACACUCUUUCCUAUUUUUACCUCCAUUCCUCAAAGGCCAUCUUUCUUUAGGGUUACCCACCUGAAAGCAACCAUCCCUCUAUUCCAGCUUCUUAGGUCACGAGAGGAAAUAUAUUAGACUUGGUUUGUGACCAGACACAUCCCCCUCCCCCCUCUCCAUUUUCCUUUUCAUAAUUCUGGUUCAGAGGUUCCCAAUCUUGGGUCUCCAGAUAUUGUUGGACUACAACUUCCAUCAUCCCCAGCCACAAUGGCCAAAGACCCAAGGUUGGAAACCCCGUUCUCAUUCAUGACGUAACUCUGCAUAGUGUUACUGUGUUUAUUGGUCUCAAAUAUCCAGCCCAAUAGAAAGAUUUUCUUCAGUGUAUGCCUGUCAAUCUCAGAUACCCAAACUCUAGCAUGAAUAUCUUCCCCUGCCAUUUUGCUGUGUCCCAAACAACAAAUUCUGACAGAAAGUCGUGGGGUUCCCCCCCUCCUCUGCAUUUUAUUCCUGUAUUCCAGAUCUGGACAGAAAAAGACUAAGCCACCAUUUUGAUAUGCUCACAAAUAUGAAAUGACCAAUUCUGGCACCCAUCCUCUAGGUUUCUGUUAUUGCCUCAGACACAUUUCCUUUAAACUCAACAGCAAAAUGCUGCAACACUAUCUUGGGUUGGCCAAAAUAUGGCCUUCUCCUGAUAGGAAAUGUCCUGUCUAUCUCCCCACCGCCUCCGCCUCUAAUCCUACCAUUGAAGAAAAAUGCCUAACAUCUGAAAUUUCUCCCACAGUCUCACCUCAUUUGCCUUCUUGCUGCCUGCACUUCCUGACACGCAUUGGCUCUUCCACCAUCUUUGUUUUCUGCGGCAUUUUUGAAGAAGAACUAUAAUAUUUGAAGAGACCAUGUUUAUUUGUGCCCCCACAAGCAAGAGACAAAUAAAACCCAAGGAUAGAGGGGUGAGGAAACAACUGUCUUCCAGCCAUCAAUGCCUCAAAUAUCCCCACCCCAACAUUCAGUUGUCCAUCAGCAGGUGCUGCAGCCAUGUCAUGGCACCAAUGGAAACUCUUAAGAACUCCAGACUCUUUUUCAAGCAUGCUCCCUUCGGUCAUGAUGCCACUUCUUGGGGCCAUCGAGGCUAGGAAAAGAAAGAGAGAGAGAGAGAAUUUAUUAUCGAGCGGCCAAGUGAACUAUACCGCAGAGCAGACUUUGCCCCCCUCUUCCCUUCCCUUCCCUCUUGCUGCCCUGUUUUCCUUUGUUUUAAAUAUAUUCAAAGGCUUCUUUCUUCUGCUUCAAUUUCUUCUCAGUUUUACUUUUUUGUUUUGUUUGCUUGCCAAUUUUUCUGUUUCUUCUCUUCUUUCGUCUUAAUUUCACAUUCACUUGUGGGUUUUGUCUGUUCCUUUAUUUGGUUUUAAUUUACCACAUUUUCUUCCUCCCAUUGUUUUCCAGUAACCCUCCAUUUCCUAAGGACUCAGGAUGGAUAACCGCCCCCACUUUCCCCCUUCUUUUCUUUGCCUCUUCCUUUUAUUCUGCCUCAUUUAAUUCCUCUUAGCAUUUUUAAAGCCUUCUUAUUUCCACAUUUUCUUUUCCUGUUUUUCACUGUUCCUUUUCUUACCCGUUCCUCCCUCCCUCAUUCAACCACUGCUUUGCAACUUUGGGUCCUGCUAUGGAACUCCAUUGUUCACCCAGGGAACAGGGUGCAGAAAAGAGGAAGGCAGACGUGAAUUUUGAGGAGAAGAAAUCUGCUGACGGGACACAAUAAGGCGCAGGGAAACAGCUGCUGGAGUGAGAGAAGCAGAAAAUUGAACUGAAGGAAUAUGGGAGAAGUGAGAAGAAGAAAAGGAAGAUGGAAAUACAUUGCAUAUGAUGGAGAAAUUGUAGGAGAUGGUAAAAAAGAAAGAGGGGGUAUUCUUGGGAUGGAUGGGGGCGGCUUUCGGGGGAAUCUUGUGCUUUUGGCUGUUCAAAGAUUGCUGUUUGCAGGUGAACUCAAACUGUUUUGUUGCCCCAGGUGAAGAUUAAUAUUAUGCCUCCCACUGUAUCUUGUUUUAGGUGGAGGAGGAUAGAAUUUCCUCCUCUGGGAAGUAAAAACCACGAAUGCAGCCUCUCUUCUUGUUCCAUGCAAGCAAAAAAGGAGCAAAGGGAAGUGAAUUUUCUCCUUCUCUUGUAGGGAACAAGGGACAAUUUGGAUCCUGCUGCCUCCCCAGGUAACAGCCUGCACUGCUUGUUGGGUUAGACCAGCCCUGCCCACUUCCCAAGACUUAACAGGAAGGAUGACAUCCCAUGAGGAAUGGAGAAGUUUCCCCUGUAUUUGAUACCAGCAUUCCAUAAUAUCCCCCUGGGGGGCAGGACAUAGAGGGGGAAGCCUGUGCUAUGACUCCCAGCCCCCCAACACACACCCGCAGCGAUGCUCUUCCCUUGCAUUCGAUUCCCCUGGGCAAGAGAGGGCUUUCUCCUGGGAUGCUAGAGGGAAAUGCAGUCACCAUAUGGACAAUCUUUUGCAGACAGAGAUUGGGAGAAGGCAGGCAAGGACUUUUGAAGGGUAAGGAGCGGAUACGCACACUGCUCUCAUGCCGUGGCUAUGAAAGGGAUGGGAAGAAAGAUACAGCUGAUUCAGCUUUCAACAAAAAAGUUCUGAUUCUCUUUUUUCCGCAUGUCUUCUCUUCCUCCUCCUGCUGACUCAGCACCAGCUGCAGCUAAGUUCACCUUCAUGCAUUACUUUGGAGAUCGCAAUCCAGCACUGGCCCUGUUUUGUGUGUAUGUAGCUCCCAGCCAUCUCUCAAAAUGCCCUAUCUGCAGUAUCACCACUUGCCAUUUCCCCCCCUCACAGCUCUUUCUUUUUCAGAGUAAGAAAGGGUGGGCAUAUCUCAAAUAAAUGCCCCUUAUUUUAAGGAGUAUUCCUUCAUUUCACAGUCAAAUUUUCAUUAAAGGAGAAACCGGGGUAAGAAGAGGUGGGGUGCCUCCUAAUUAGAAAGCUGGGGGUGUGAUGCAGAAUCAUAUAACCUUCCCCACUCUAGGUGGUGCUGACACUCUGUUCCCCACAGUACUGCAUAUACUGAAAAUCUAAGCCUUCUUUUUAUCCCCUCCAAACAAGUUUCUAGUCCUCUUGCUCUCAUGGAGAUAACAGAAGAACACAGUGACAUGCAGCCCUACCUUCGUUCAUAGGUGAAAACUGCCAUUUGGGCAGCAAGACCAUGACACAGGUAGGGGGUGAACUUGUCCACAUGUCCACAUCACCAGUCCAGCUUUUACAUUUAGUGGGUUGACAAUCAAGACAUAUGCCUUGCAUUCCUCAUAUUUUUUGUUCUCAUACUGCUAAAUCUCUGUGGAUGUGAAUUUACCUUCUUUCAUCUCAGUGGGGCAGGCCCUACGUUGCUUUGUGUUCACCCCUCAAGUGAUCAUGUUCAGUUUGAAACAGGAACUGCCGAUCAAGUUGCACUGGGAUUGGGGUCCUGUGCUUGAGUUGGAAAACCCCACAAAAUGUGGGCAUUUCAUAUUCAUACAUACUAGAGAGCAGGUAGGUGCCAGGCCCGUAGCCAGCUAGUGGCAUGGUGUGUACCGGUCACACCCAAAAAUCCUCUUUCCCUCACAGCCUCGCUGACUGUUUUCACUGUACAUUUUAUAACCUGCCUCCCCUGACUUCUGCAACUCCCCCCCCCAAAAAAACUUUGAGGCCUGGUGGGUGCUGCUUUCAGGGGCCAGGACCACUGCCCAUCUUGUCACUAGAAGCUCACCAAAAAGGAAUCUGGGACUAACUGGGCUGUUGUGGCCGGAGCUUUCAUAACAUCAGUGAACUGGAAAGGAGGGGAGUUCAUAUCCACAGAGAUUUAGCAGUAUGAGAACCAAACAUACUGGGAAUGCAAGGAAUAAAUCUUGAUUGUUGACUCACUAAAUGUAAAUGCUGGACUGGAGAUGUGGACAUGCUACAUUCAGCCUCUUCUUAGAGCUGAUGUGCAUGUUAUUUCCUCAGUAAAUAACAUGCACAGGCCCAGGGCAGCCUGUCAAAGGGGGGUUGCUUCCACCACGGGCCCUGAUCCAGAUUAGAUGGGCCUGUGUUGCUAUUUGCCCUAGGAGGGAAGCAGCCAUUGUCAGUCCAAGCAGCAACAAAGGUGACGGCUGUUAGUCUUAUGGCAAAAGCAAUGGUUUCAGGGUGGAGCUUUGCAGCCAAGGGGUGCAAUAUUUGCAUAUCUGAAUAUUUGCAUAUUUAGAUAAGCUUGGCAAGUAUUAUUAUUAUUUUAUUUUUACAUUUAUAUCCCGCUCUUCCUCCAAGGUGCCCAGAGUGGUGUACUACAUACUUAAGUUUCUCCUCACAACAACCCUGUGAAGUCGGUUAGGCUGAGAGAGAAGUGACUGGCCCAGAGUCACCCAGCUAGUAUCAUGGCUGAAUGGGGAUUUGAACUCGGGUCUCUCCAGUCCUAGUCCAGCACUCUAACCAACAGGGCCAGCCAUUGUUUCCCACGUCAUUUUCACCUCUACUGAAAAUCUCCUUAAGAGUAUCGAUUUUCCCUUUGAUACUACCCAUGUCACUUAAGCAAAUGCACCACCCCAGUGGGACAAAUUAAUAAAGGUCAUCAGGAAAUUGCAAGCAGGGUUACCAAUCUUUAAAGCAACUAAUGCUGUUGUGCCUUUAACAGCAGGUUGAAGUGCAGACAACAGCAUAUGUACUGUUCGCCUCCAUGCUAUGAACAGCAUCUGCUAAUUCUUACAGAGAGGCAGAAGAGCAGGUCCAGUAGAUUCCCCACCCACCCACCCUGCAGUCAGCUGGCAACCCUAGUUGCAGGUGGAGCUAGGUAGGAGGAAGGGCAUAGCAGCCAUGAUUGGACCACAGACCUGAGGGUCUUCAAAAUGGUACAGUUCAGAAGCCAAGGCUACAAGUAGGGGCUGUUAUCCAAUUAAUCUUAGUCAAUAUGCAUUUAGAAGCAGAAAUUCUUUGAUUUUUGACAAUGCAUGUAUGUGUCACAGCAAGCGUAAUAUUAGAAAGAGGCAUUCUUCUUUUCCUUGGAGAAUACCUCUCCCCCAGAUUAAGCUUGUCAUCUGCAGUUUUUAUAAGUACUUGUAUUAAAAAUAAUUCAAAAUAUUAAAAUCAGUUGCCUGGUUGGGGCAGUUCUUUAGUCAGCCCACAAAUAUUUCAAUUGAUUAAUCAAACCAAUUAAGUAUCACAGCCCUAAAGAUGAUUCUGUGUAUUUAGAGACAACAGGCAUGAAUGUGGGGCUGAAAAAUCGUCAGUUCGCUGCACUCCUCCCAGACACUGAUUGAUAAAAGAUCCCAUUCCAAAGGUUCAGUUUUAAAAAGAAAAAUUCUGGGGAAUUUUAUCUGUCAAUCGAACAGCUCAGUGCAGACCAAUACAUGAGUACAGAAGCAUAAGUGUGUCAGAGUUCACAGGUAGGCAUUUCGAAUGAAGAAUCUUGUGCCAAGAAGAAUUAUUUAUACUGCAAUCUGAUGCACAUUUACUCAGAAGUAAGCCCCACUAUGAUUAGUGGGGCACACUAAGAUAAGAGUGCAUAGGGUUGCAGCCUUAGCAUGAGUGUGCGUUUUUUGUUUUUAAACCCAUGAAUUAUUGUAGGACUCAAUAGUAGAGGUUGUGAACAGGUAUCCAUCUGUCCAAACAUACCAGCUAAUUCCAGCAAACUAAGAGGGAAAUAUACCCCAUUACCUUCCCCUCCACAUAUUUCCUUUGCCAACUUUUUUAUGGACAGCCAUUUUACAUGUUGCAUGAGAGAUGCAGCAACAGGAAAAGUUUCAGCUACAGUUUUCUGGCAGUAAUGAGACUCAAAGUCACAAGAGCCUACCAAUUAAAACCAGUGGCAACCCUCGUUUUCUCAGGCAUCUGUUGCACUCUUUGCGACAUUCAUGCCUGCUGCUAAGAUGAUCAUGGAAGGAAGAGCUGCACAACUUCAGGCUCUCCAGCAGAUGUUGGGAUACAAAUCCCAUCGCCCCUCCCUAUUGGCCACAGUGACAGGAUGAUGGGAGCUGGAGUAAAAAGAAAAAGAAAACGCUGGAGAGCUGAAGUUAUGCAGCGCUGAUCCAAGGUUAGGUCUUUUGCUCCUAAUGGGAGGAUCACCUUUGCAUUUUCAGGUGCAACUUCAUACAUGCAUGCACACAACUUGGUUUCUCAUUGAUUUGCUGAUGACUCGCAUCUGAAUGUGUGUACGAACUCCACUGAAAAAAGCAUUGUGUUGGAGGUGAUAGGAAAGUUGUAUCUGAAAUGUUUGGAUGGCUCAUUCAGUUUCACAUAUGCAAGUGACCAUUUUAAUGCUCAGUCAUCAAGCAAUGAGCCUGCACAUGUGAACUGGGAAAGGAUUCCCCUUCUCCUUUCUGUCUAAUAGUGUGUACAUGUGUUCCUCUCUGUAUGAACUGAGGUGCUUCUGGAAGACAAGAACCCACAGACAAAGGAAGCAAAUGGCUUUUGAGUAAGUUUGGCAGGCCUGUUCCUGGAUAGUUGCUAUACCUUUAAGAGUUGCAUAGGAAGGAAAAUUCUACAAUUAAGCCACACUUGAUAGAAUUCCUCUCGCCUGCAACUCUUAAAGGUACAGGGGCCCUCUCAAAGGUGCAGAUCUGCCAGCCCUACACUUUUGGGCUGUCUGGAAUUCAUUGUUUGCUACAAACCAGAAAAGAGCUCUAAGCAGUGAAAGAAAAGGUUAUUAAUUUUAUUAUUAUUAUUAUUAUUAUUAUUAUUAUUAAUUGUGUUCAGCAGCUCUGCCAUCUUUUGGAGGAGAGGACAGGGUUCUUGUGCCUUUCUCAGGUGACAAGCAAAAAUUCAACAGAUGAAGUUUUCCACUUCCCCACAUCUCCAGGCCAAGGAGAGCUGCACGUAUUCGGCUUACGCCUGUCUUGCAACUGUUCAAAGGCACAGAAGCCCAGCAAGGUUUUGUCUCUUUUGCUUUUUGUUUUUUAAAAGGCUUUCUCUAUAUUGUCCACAGAGCUUCCUGCAUUUUGGCACUGAAAGCAUUAAUUUUUUCUUUUUCUUUUUAAAAAACUUGCUUCCUCCAUGCAUGGACACAAACACCCUUUGCGGUGGAAGUUUUCUAAGGGCUAAAAGCCAUCUUGUACAUUUACACAUGCUAAAAACUGCAAAUAGGGACAACAAUAAAUUCAGAAGAGUGUUGGGCCAGAUAAAAGGUUGUACCCAUGCCACUCCUAAAGGCAAAAUGGUCGUUUUUAUAGAAAUGCAAUUUAAACAAACAAAACAUAAAUCUCCACCACACCAGGGGAAAGGAAAUGAACAUUUGCUGGUGGUGCUACAAGAAUUCACACGCACAUGUCUUGGCAGCAGCUGGGAGUUUUAGUCUCUCUCAGCAGUGAGGAAGUUUAAUAGAGAAUGCAACUUUUAAAAUAGGGGGAAGAGGAGCCUGCCACUGUGAAAAAGGCGGAGCCUGUAUCUGAGAUAUGGCGGAGCCUGCAGUCAUGGAGGCGGAGCUGUGGUGCUGAUUUGGGGAGGGGGCGCUGGUUCUAUUUUCUUAGUCUGCAUCCUAGAAUUUUGGGUUGAAUGGGGUUAGGGGACUGGGGAAAUCUAAGGGGAGGGGGAGGGGUUAAUUAGCCAACAAAAGGAACCUGGGUUUUUUUAAUUAAUUACAAGAAAAUGGUUAUUAAUGAUUAUUAAUUAUAUGAUGAUGAUUAAUAAAAUGUCCCAGCACCCCCUCCUUGCCAUGGAGGAGGGAUGGGCCAAAAAUGGAUUAUUUACUCUGUAUUAUAAUGUAAAUAAGACUUCAAUAAACUUUAUUUCAAACAAAAAA